GCCCCCACCCUCGAUAAUGAUGGCAUUUGUAACCCAGCAGGUGACCCCUUUAACACAGGGAGGGUGUUGCGGGUCUCCACAUCUCACCACAUAAAGUAUUCUCUGAGGCAGGCGGGCGGACUGGCCGGGCUGCUGCUGCUGUGAAUAUGAUGCAGCUCAUCUCUUUCUUCCAGCCGGCUGUGCAGAAGUAGUGCGUGCAUGGGUCUGGAAAGUUAUCUCCUCCAUCAUAUUAAUGGGAUAAUAAUGUGAUUGAUUGGUCAUCUCCCCGGGGAAAUGGUCUUUUCUGCUUCCUGAGAGCGCAAGACUCAUCAGAGAACUUGGAGCUGAGGAUCCUUGCUCAAGAGCCCCUCAGCAGGGUGAAGGCUCGGACACAUCAGGGGGGGUUUCAACCCGGGUUUGUCCCGUUUGGAGGACGGUCCUCCUUACCCCGCCGCUGCUGUGCAGUUGUCAGCAUCCUCGGUGGGGACUAAAGAGGCGGAGGAGGAGGAGGAAGGGAAGAGGAAGAGAGGGGGGAAUCCGGCGCUUCAGGACGGCUGAGUCCCGUUGCGAUGCAUGGAGGCUGCUUGGAAAUGCUCCCCGGGUCUCCGGAGCGCAUGAGGCGGUUCCAGCCGACCGACGGGCCGCAGAACCGGGGGGAUCCGGCCGCUGAUCCGCAGCUCUGCCAGGCUGCCACACCAUAGGUUCGGCUACAGGAGCACGGCUCGGUUCGGUAUCCACGGAGCGGAGGCACAUCCGCCGACAGCGCCGUGAUCUGGGAGCCUAAAGGCUGCAUCACAUCCCUGCGUCGCAGUGGUGGUGGAUACUGUGUGAGCUGUCGGGUGGCAUCUAUGCAAUUUUAUUUCGACUUUUCAUUUUAUUAUGAGCACAGAGGAGGGAGAGGCGGUUCCAGCUGGUGGGGAGGCGAGGGGAGGCACUGCCAUCACCCACCGCCACACCUGGCAUGAAGGCGAACCGCACGGCUCCCAAGGACGUCGGCACCCCGACGAUGAGGACGAGGCAGAGCAGGGAGAGGAGGAGGAGGAGGACGGAGAGGGCUGCCAGGAGGGCCGGAGCUGCAGGGAUGCAUGUGAGGGGAACGACGGGGGGAAUUUUUCCAGUGAGGAUGGGGCGGUGGGGGGCAGACCGUGCAAGGAGCAGGCGAUGCAUUCAAACUGCAGCAGCGAGACCUGCAUCCCCACUCCCAGCUGUCGGAUCUGCUUCCAAGGCGCAGAGCAGGGUGACCUGUUGAAUCCAUGUCGGUGCGACGGCUCGGUGCGUUACACCCACCAGCACUGCCUGCUGAAGUGGAUCAGCGAGCGGGGCUGCUGGACCUGCGAGCUCUGCUGCUAUCGCUUCCACGUCAUCGCCAUCAACAUGAAGACACCUUGGCAGUGGCAGUCCAUCACCAUUACCCUGGUGGAGAAGGUGCAGAUCAUCGCUGUGUUCCUGGGCUCCCUCUUCCUGGUGGCCAGCAUCUCCUGGCUGCUGUGGUCGGCUCUCAGCCCGCAAGCUGUCUGGCAGCGCCGUGACGUCCUCUUCCAGAUCUGCUACGGCAUGUACGGCUUCAUGGACUUGGUCUGCGUAGGCUUGAUUGUCCACGAGGGGGCAGCAGUGUACAAUGUCUUCAUGCGCUGGCGGGCCGUCAACCUCCACUGGGACGUUCAGAGCUACGACAAAGCAAAGGACAUGGAGGAGACGAGCACUGGCCAUUCCUCGUUGGCCCCCAGGACGCUUUGGUUGCCUCUGGCCACCUUUGGGCCCAACGGACCCUUACACGCCACCCAGCUGGGGCCGCAGCCAUGGACCUGCCUCUGUUUGGCCCCCUUCUGCCCCGGCCUGGUGCCCCGAAACAAUCUCAGCCAGGACAGUGACUCAGGAGAGGUCGUCAUUCGUGUAACAUCGGUGUAACACCAGGCGGUAUUUAUACAGGAACAAAGCAUCUGAUGGUUUGCACUCGGUGGGAACAAUCUGGGCUUCUCUGGGCAGUUUAUAAUAUUACACAAUC